UACAUCUCAAUUCUCUUCUGCUUCGGCUAGGGUUUUCAGAGCCCCCAUUUCUCUCUCUCUACACAAACACACACUUUCUCUCUCUAUCAUUUCUAAGUUAUUGUUGUGCACUAAUUUUUAGAUCUAUCCAUGGAGUUAAACAAGAGCUAGGGUUUCGUGGUUGCUACUAUCUUCAAAAAGUCUAGGGCUUUUCAUUUCUAAAUCUAUAACUGUAAAAAAUGGCAACCACAAACCCAUUUGAUCUUCUGGGUGAUGAUGACAAUGACGACCCCAGUCAGCUCAUCGCUAAGCUCCCGCCGCCGGACAAGAAGUCUCCAGCUCCGGCCCAAGCUGCCGCUGGUCAGCCGGCGAAGCAGGCCAAGCUGCCUUCGAAGCCCACCCCUCCUUCUCAGGCUGUGAGGGAGGCAAGGAAUGAUGCUCCACGUGGAGGCCGAGGUGGAGGGCGUGGACUUGGACGCGGACGUGGUGGUGGUGGUGGAUUUAAUCGGGAUCCAGUCAGCAAUGAAAAUACUUUUGGCAGCAGCAGUGGAUUUUCUGGAGGGUACAGACCCUCUGAGGAAGGAGAUGCUGGGAGAUCUUCUGAAAAGCGUGGGUAUGGUGGGCCUCGUGGCGGUUUCCGUGGUGGUCGCCGAGGUAAUUUUGGCAAUGGAGAAAUUACAGAAGGGGAACGUCCUCGGAGGACAUAUGAGCGGCAUAGUGGAACUGGCCGUGGGAGUGAGGUCAAACGUGAUGGUGCUGGUCGUGGGAAUUGGGGAACUCCUACCGAUGAAAUUGUUCCGGAGACCGAAGAACCUGUCAUUGAAAUUGAGAAGAAUGUGGACGCUGAUAAGCAAAUGGGACAGGAAGACGCUGGAGAUGCCAACAAGGAGAACCCAGCAAAUGAGCCAGAAGAGAAGGAGCCUGAACAAAAGGAGAUGACUCUGGAAGAGUAUGAGAAAGUACUUGAAGAGAAGAGGAAGGCUUUGCUGGCGCUAAAGACCGAGGAACGGAAGGUUAAUGUGGACAAAGAAUUUGAAUCAAUGCAACUGCUUUCAAGCAAGAAGAGUGAUGAAGAGAUCUUCGUAAAAUUGGGUUCUGAGAAGGAUAAGCGUAAAGAAGCUGCUGAAAAAGAAGAGAGAGCCAAAAAGUCUGUCAGCAUAAAUGAAUUUCUGAAGCCUGCUGAAGGAGGAAAGUACUAUAGCCCUGGUGGUCGUGGCCGGGGACGUGGCCGUGGUACAAGAGGAGGAUUCAGCGGAAGCUACACAGCGAACAAUGUGGAAGCCCCAUCCAUUGCAGAUGUUGGCCAGUUCCCUUCCCUGGGUGCUAAGUGAGGGUUCGCCCUGUGCAGCUUCCUCAAUCGCGUUGGAUUCUCCCUGGUUUCUUUUUGGGAUCCUGAUGAUAUUUGAGGAGGGCUCAUUAGAGCAAAAUGGUCACAGGAAUAAUAUAUUUUCCUGUCUAAAACUAUCUUUAAACUGUUACUUUGUCAAAGAGUGUAUAUUUUAGAUGUUUUUGUGGGUCGAUGCCCAUGGUUCUCAUCGUGAUCUUGAUUUCCAUGGAUACACACUUCAAUCAUAUUUAGGUCAUUAGAGGUUAUUCUCAUGUCUUUGAUAGAGAUGUGGGGUAUCAUUUUUGAUUUGGACUUGGUUGAGAAUAGUAUUUGGUUUCUCUUUUUGAUGUCACAA